CAGGAAACACAUCCUGUUCAUGUCUGACUGCCGUGGCAGUGGCUCUGUCGGUCGCAAUCGGCUACGCCCUGAGGUUCACCAAAACCAGCCACGCAAACAACCAUUUCCUUUUCAUUGAGAGUUAGGAGGGAAAAACUUCCUUGCAGCAAGGAUUCUGCUUUCCUGCUUCUGCAGUUUGCGGGCUCCGUCAUCUGUGGAAGAGCAGGAGCCCUGGGGCAGAUUCCCUUGGAAUACCCCAGCCUUCCAGGACUCCUUGGGGAUGCACGCGCUCUUCUGCUUGGGACUGGCUUUGGCGCAGAGAAUUAAAGCCAACGGCACUGGUGGAAAGUUCUGAAUUUGGGUGGCAGCAGAACAGUUUCUGAGUUCUCGCUGCCUCUUAUGCGGGUCCCAACGUCUUCCCACGGCUGCACUCCAGAAGGCUGAAGGGACAGGCAGCGUUCAGAGGCAUUUUGGCCUCGGCUGUCCAAGCACACAACACCGCCUCCAUCCCUACUUCGCAAAUUUGGUUCCAGAAAGAAUGCAGCUCCUCAUCUUUCAGCUCGUCACCGUUUGGGUUCUGUUCAAAGUGGAGGAAGGUGGAUAAAGCGCCACUGGGGAAGACAAGCGGUCCGGAAGCCUUGUCCCUGCAGCUUUUAUAUGGAUUUCUCCUCUCUGCCUUGUUGCUUUUUGUGCGACCAGAAACUUCCAAGCAGCUGACUUUGAGAAUGAAUGGCGAUGUUCUCUAGCCAUUCCUAACACUGUCCUGCACCCGCCUUCCAUCGACAGUCCUAAUUCAAUGCACUGCAGCUGAUUGGGGCGCUUGGAUCUUCUACGGAGAGUGGCUACCAGCACUGGAUGACCAUCAGAUAUGACUGUCCAGAAACUGGUAGCCACAGCCGUGUUGGUAGCUCUGGUGUCACUUAUCCUCAACAACGCGGCUGCCUUUACUCCCAACUGGGUGUACCAGACUUUGGAGGAUGGGCGUAAGCGCAGCGUGGGGCUGUGGAAGAUGUGCUGGCUGGCAGAGAAGGGAAAAGGAGGUGCGGGCACAGGUGCCAAGCAUGGGCAAGGGGCGGAGCAUGAAUGUGAAUCCUUGGGCUGGGGUUCAGAGCCAGCUGGCUUCCAGGAAUCACGAAAUACUGUCAAACUGCAAUUUGAUAUGAUGCGUGCCUGUAACAUGAUUGCCACCGUCGCCUUGACAGCUGGUCAGCUUCUCUUCAUGUUGGGCCUGGUAGAGCUGCCCAUUAUUUCCCAGGAUACCCAAUGGUGGGAAGAAGCCAUUGCUGCUGUGUUCCAGCUUGCCAGUUUUGUUCUAGUCAUUGGCCUGGUGACUUUCUAUCGUAUUGGACCCUACACCAGCCUGUCCUGGUCUUGCUAUCUGAACAUUGGGGCUUGUCUCUUGGCCACAUUGGCUGCUGCCAUUCUUAUAUGGAACAUCCUUCAUCGACGGGAGGAUUGCAUGGCACCUAGAGUCAUCGUGAUCAGCCGCACCCUGACAGCUCGCUUCCGACGAGGGCUGGAGAAUGACUACGUGGAGUCACCAUGCUGAGAACAUGCAGAUGAAAAGAGGGAGAUUCACCGUGCAGGAAGAUUUAGAAAACUGACUUUCUAUACAUACGCUAUAUAAUUUAAAACCACAAAUUUCACCAUUCAGUUAGAGAAGUCCAUCAUCAUUACUUAGAUGGGCGACAUUUGUGUGUAUCUGUCUGUCUGUCUGUCUCUCUAGGUAGCUACAUUAUACAAUGCUUUCUUUAUCCCAGUGUACAGCAUAAGAUAUUAACAGCUCAACCAUCUUGAUGGACUUUUAGUCAAAAAAGAGUGUGGCAGACCUACAGUAUACAAAUGAAGAUUCGGUAAUGGGAAAAGGCAACCCAUUAUUUCAAGCUCAAACUGUUUGUGUGAGAAAGUAACCAACAGAUUCAAGGGCUCAGUUAUAGCAAUGUUCUUUCUUUGAAAGAGGCAAUAAGAGCAGUCUGAAAGAAGAAAUAACAGCUCUUCUGAGUCACUCUUUUCACCCAUUUUAUGCAAUCGGGAAUGGUUUUUUAAUAUUUAAUUUAAAAAGAAAGGAUUGUGCAAAAUUUUAGAGGCAUCUAAUCUGGCCAGAACAAUUAUUUCUUACAUUGAAGCAAAUGCUCCAGAAUCGAAGACAACUAGUAUAAUUGUACUGUUUAGAAAGCUGGGCAGAAAUGUAUUUAAUAGGGCAUGAAAUAUUUAAGAUUUCAAGCUUAUUGUCUUUAAAGCCAAUUUUUCAGAAUCAUUUCCAUGCCACUUAACUCUUGAUAAAGAGGUUCAUUUUAAAGCUACCAUCCUUCAUGAUACAUGCACUACCCACAGCAGGAAGAUUUGGCUUCCCUUUCCAUCACCCUUAGCAAUUAUUUAAAUCAAAAAUGGAUUGCUAGGCUUUUUCAGAUUUGGUGCUAAAUUGUGGCUUUUUUUUCCCUGAGUGCUUAAGAUGCCAAGAUAGAUACUGAAAUAUAAAAUCGAACCACUGCAGCUCCAGAAGAUGUUUGGAUUAGAUGGGAAGACCAGCUUACUAAAUUUAUUGGAGAAAAGAAAUGAUUCCUUAUUUACUGAAUGGAGUGGAAAAAACCCACCAGAAAUUACUGUCAGAUGAAUAGAUGCACAAUAAACAAAAUUAUGUUGGCUUUGAUAAAACAUUUAGCAAAAUAUUUAACUAGUGAAGAAUGAUACAAUAGAGAUAAUUACAGAGGAAAAGGAUUGGGUGAUGAGGCUGUUAACCUAAAUAUUUAAUGUCUCUUUCUUAGAGACUUUUGUAAUAUAACUGCUUCAAAACUGUGCUUUAGCUUUUACUUUCCAAUUUUUCUUCAGAAUGGAAAUAAUAAAGCUAGCUCUUGAGUUUUAUAACAUGACCUAGAUGUCAAAUAAAAUACAUAAAUAAGUAUAUUAUUCAGUACCUAAGCCCAAAUAAUGGUAAAACAAACAUGGAAACUUAAACUUACAGGAUACCAGCAGUUCUUGAGGAAUUAUUUCUAUUCUGGAUGCAACAACUGAUUUCUCCAAAACGAUCAUGGGUACCAUUUUCCCCCCUUAGGUUACCCAACUCUUUAAAGCAUAAAAAACUAUUAGACAAAAAGUAAUAUAUGAGUAUGUGCAACAUUUACAAAGUACUGUGGUAUCUUUAGCACUAUGUAGACAAUACCCAGACAAUAGAGGUGGACAAUUAAGGUUGAAAUUAUAGACAAAACGGCUACAGUAGAAUCCUUUGGGCACCUUAAUGUUGAUGUAAAUUCCUUUAGCUACAGUAUAUUCUACCUCUCAGUAAGUUCUGUACUAUAAAACAUGCCAAUUAGGACAAGAAAAUUCAAAUUAUAGUGUAGUUAUGCUCUUGAGUUUACAUCCCACUUCAAAGCAAGCCUCUAGUUUUUUUUAGAUUUAGAAAGCUAUCUUGCUAGGACUAAACAGACCGAUCCUUUAAUCAAAAACUGGGCUUCAUUUCAGCUUACCUGGCUUGCUUUCUAGGAAGAUUCUAUAGCUGCUGCAAAUUAAACAUGCUCUAAUUAACUGCCAUUUACAAAAAGAUUUUAAAUACUGGAAUAUUUAAGAUGUAUUAUUUCUGCUAAUAUUGCAAUAACCAUUAUUAUAAUGUAAAAUUAAAAACAAAUGGUUCUGUCCCC